AUGUUCAACUCCCCCGAGACGAGCAGCCUGACGGCCGCAGAGACCAAGGUCGCCCGCAAGUGGCGCGGCAAGCUCUUCUCCCGCGAAAAGGAGACCAAGCAGUCCACCAGGGACCAGCAGAUAGACGACUUCCUAGCCUCCUCGCGCCCUCCCGUACAGCAGCAGCAGCAGCAGCAGCAGCAGCAGCAGCAGCAGCCAUUCCCGGCAGCAAGGCUUCCGCCCAAGAUCGAUGUCUCUGUCUCGCAACGCUGGGCUGGUGCUGCUCAGUCCCCCACGGCCGCAGUAGACGUCAACGUCACCCGGACUAACAGCCACAACCAGAACAACAAAAACAACAAUGGGAGCACUGCGGUGGCAGGUCCAGGAGGCCUGAAGAAGAGGAGACGGCGCUGCGAGAGCCUCCGGGUGAGGUUCUGUGACCGGCCGCCCUCGGUCAUGGGCGAGGGAGGCGAGGAGGCAGAGGCCCCGACGAUGGAGAUAUCGCUUUAUCGUGCACGCUCCAAUUCGUCCGCCUCCCAGCUCACGGAUGGCGCAGACGGCGGCUCGUCCUCGGACGCUUCAGACUCCCAGGCUCGCUACCUUGAUAACAGGGAGCCGACACUGCCUUCCUUUGCCGUCUCAGGCCCAGACGGGGAGAAGAAGAGCAGCGCCCCAAGCAAGGAGAGCCAGCUGCAGCCGUCGCCGGAAUUACGCAAUGCGCAGAACUCGGACUUUCUCUUGUCCAUCAGCCAGCAGCCUAGAGGGUCCCGGCUGUCAUGGAGAGAUACCAGUGAGGAGAGCUCGUUUGCGGAGAGGAUACGGGCCAAGAUGAGGGAUGAGGAGGGUCUUGCGCUGCAGCGUGCCAGGGAGCAGGCCGCGGCCGAGCAGGAUCACCACCACCACCAGCAUUCUCCUGAGAAGGUGGCCUCAAGAGACUACCCCAGAGACUACAGGGACAACAAUGAUCAUGUUAGAGACUACGGCAGAGAGUACAGUGACAGAGACAGAGAUAGAGAUCAUGGCAGGCAAGUCAGAGACGAACCCCAGGAGAGCAGAGACGACAGAGGCAGCCCACAGGAGCCAGCCCAAGCUGGCAAGUCUGGACUGUCUUUCUGGGGCAGCGUCAUGGCCGCUCUGCCAGAGGAGAACAAGAAGCAACGGUUGCGACAGGGCCCUGAUGGUUACUUUCCUCCUGCUGCUGUUCCGUCGAACCCGGCUCAUACCAAGGUUGCCAAACCGCCUGCUUCCUCUCCACCGCCUUAUGCUAGAACAGAAUCCAGACAGACUGCGUACAAUGAUCCCCAACCCCUACAGCAGCAGCAGCAGCAGCAAUCGAACAGGCUACAACCUGACAAGCCAGCUUACAUGGGCCACCACUCCAAGACCUCCUCUGGCUCCUCAGGAAAACUCAAGAACGUGGCUAACAUGGUUGGAGACGCUGCCCUGGCCGAAUUCUCGGCCUAUGUCGACCGCUACACCUCUCUUUUCUCUCGUGCUGCCGAAAGUGUCAAACCCAUUAUGGAGACCUCCCUCUCGGAGUGGGUGCGUGCCAGCGUCUGGUGGUUCAUUAAAGGCAGAGCUGAGCUCGAGACCUUUAUGCGCGCCCGUCCUCCUCACCCUCCUGGGCCCAACUCGGCCAAUGGAAGACAAUCGCCCGUUACCGAGCAAUCGCAGCAGGCCAUCAUCAAUCUGGCUAAGGCAUGGUGGAUUAACCAGCAUCUCGUGCCCCAGCACCCCGAGCUCGGCCAAUUUGGCAGGAUGAAGCCUGAGGCCGUGCUAUCCAUGGUGCAGUCAAUGGGUAACGAUACCCUGGCAAGCCACCUCAGCAUCCACCUGGCCAUCAUCAGCCAUCUACGUGCCCUUUCCAUGUCCAUGCAGCGUAAUAACAUCAUCCCUUCGUCUUCCUCAGCUGGCCAGCUUCCUGCUCUCUCCCAGAACAUCGACACCUCCAUCUGGAUCCGCUAUCCCUUCUUCGCCCCCGGUAUAUCAUCUGUGCUGUCUGGCUCCGGCUCCAAGUCUAUGCUCAUCGACCAUUCGUCCAAGAAGCCCGACAUUGCCGAGACAAUGCCAAUCAGCGACACCAACCGCCACUUCUGCUACGGUCGAAUGUUCGUCGAAGUUUGCCUGGGCUCCUCGGACGAUGACACCGAGCAGUAUGCCAUUCCAUGCAUGCUCUCCAUCACCCGUGACAGAUCAGACUGGAACGUAAUUGCCACCCUCACUAGCCAGAACGAGCUCGUCAACCUGACCAUCCAAUCCGACAAGAAGCAGGGUCCCACUUGGGCCGACAUAGAUUGGCAGGUCCGCCUCCAUUCUCUCACUCUCCGUCUCCCUCGCGGAUUCGAGCUGGACAUCAAGUUCCAGGAUGCAGACUUUAAAAUGCUCUGGAAGAUCGUUGAAUACACCCGCAAAGUGCAAGCGGACAUGCAGCCUGCCGCUGGCGAAAGGUUGGUGUUUGCAGACAUUUUGAAUGAAUUCCAGUAUACCGAAAGCUCUCCCAACAAGUCAUUCCCUUCCGAACCCACCCAACGCUGCAGGAUACAGCUAUUCGAAAAGUCUACCAAAAUCACCGAAGGGACGGGCACUCGUGAAUCUCACCGUGGUUUCCGCUUCUUCGCCGUCACUAGCCCCAAAGUAAAGACCCUCAGUAGCGUCUCACAUACCCUGGGCAACGGCGCCCCCAUUGUGUUUGGUUAUUUACGCGGUGAUGAUGGCGCACCAGCAAUGAUGCUCAAGCAUUUUGAGAAUGGGGUCGAACACUCUAUGCUUCUUACCUUCCAGGACACAGAACUUCGCGCAAGUCUGCACUCCCUCCUCAUAGGCAUCACGCCCUCGGAGUCAGAAUCCAAAUCUCCAGACCUCGCUAUCCAGUCCUUCACAAUGAUACAAGGCGUUGACCCCCUGGGCAAUUCGGGUAAUACCCUUAACUCCCGCAAGACAUUUCUCAAAUUCGAUAAAGGCAAUGCCUCAGUCAUCAACGAGAGGCCAGAUCAUAAACACAGCGUGCCAAGUACCGUCCUCUCGGAGAAAUUGCGUGUCUUCAUCAGCUCGAGCUGGGGCUCAGUCACCGAUAGGAUCAACAUUGGGCCCGGUGAUUUGAAGAUAAGCCUUGAUAUUAAUGUUCCUACCACGCUGAGCGUGAUUAGGCCACCACAGGACGACUUGAGCGUAGCUGUAGCCGAGAAUAUGGUGCCAAAGGAAGUGCCAGCGCAGAUGAAGGAGUUGCUCACAGUUUCAAAAACGCAACCCAUUAUCAGGAAGUAUAACUUCGCGACGCUGCAGGAUAUGCAUCAUUUCCAGCAAGGCAUCACAGGAUUCAAAGUAUUGUUUGACGGGUAAUUAGCCUCUUCUUCAAUUCUGCCAAAUAUUCUCAUUUUACUAACGAGAGUUAUCCUCUAGCUACGCUUCCAUGUUCGCUAUCGCCCGUCGACGCAUGGUAGUUCCCAUCUACAAGAAAUGGGAAGCCUCCAGGGCUCGUCUCCAAAUCAUUCAACAGGAAAAGAACGUCCAACUAGUUGCUUUCCUAGCAGGCUUCAGCCACGGUCGAAGCAUGAAUUUCGUCCUUAAAAGCACAGAUAACUUUGAAAGUUUCAACCGCUCUGGAAAAUACGGCAUUAAAAUUAUCGAUGCCAAGUUUGCGCUGCCCAAGAAUAGCGAUGACGAGUCUGCUGAUUUCGUCUGCCUUGAUAUGCCGGAGUAUCCAGGUGAGCACGACGAUAUCACUAUUGGCUUUGACUCGGAGAAUGGUAAGACAACCUACCACACCACUAUGCACGCGGUAGUGAACAGAAUUGCUAACUUGCUUGAUAGAUCGGUAUAGUUUCCAAUCGGCUGUGCCUGGGUCAGUGAAAGAACCAUCUAGAAUGGGCUCACUGCGGAAAUAAUCGUCGAUCCUGGCAUUUCCACCACUAUGUACGGCGCUUUUGGCGUUUAGCGGGCUGUCUUUUCACCUCUCCUUUGUCUUUUUUUCAUCUUCCGCUCGUCACUCCAUCUUCUUCUCCUGUCUUCGUCAUAUUCUUAUCAGCGGGCUCACUCACCCUUUUUUUUUUCCUUGUUCAUCCAUCACUCAUGUCGACACGAGGCUCGACGAUGUCUCUUUUCUUUCAUCAUCCAUAUCAAUUUGAAGGCAUGUGUACCUGCUUUCCCAUCUUUCCUUCGCUGUACUCCACCCUUCUUCUCUUCUUGGCUGCCUCUUUUUAUCCUUCUCUAUCUUCUUCCCUAGUCGCUUUCCUUGCUUAAUCUGUCUGCUGGCUUAUCUAUUGACAUGGCAGGCCGUUCCACUAGCGCUUUAGAUCGUUGUAUACAGCUGGAUAUACAAAGUCCUUUUCUUUUUCUUCCAUCUCGUUUUCAUUUCCCGGCUGUAAAUUAACCACGUGACCUCGCGUCUUCCAAGGUUCCAUGCCAAGCCUCGGCA